UCCCAGUCCCCUGUUCUCUCCCAGAGCUCGGGAUAGAACCCAGCAGUCCUGGCUCCCAGCUCCCCCAACUACUAGACCCUCAUCCCCUCCCAGAGCUUGGGAUAGAACCCAGGAGUCCUGCCUUCCAGGUCCCCCAACCACUAGACCCCCAUCCCCUCCCAGAGCUCGGGAUAGAACCCAGGAGUCCUGGCUCCCAGCCCCCACACACUAACCACUAGACUUCCCUCCUCUUCCUUCCCUGAGUUGGGAUAGAAGCCAGGAGUCCUGACCACCACUCUCCCCCGGUGGGUGUAGAGGAAUCCAGAGCAGAGCUGCAGUGUGGAUUUACCGAUCCCCAUCCCCGUGCCAGCAGCAGACCGGAACGGGAGCUGGAUCCCUCAAGAGCUUCCCAACCCAGCACGGAGAUGUCAGCCCUGCUCCCCUGCAUCCUGGCCCUGAGCUGCCUCGCCCACAUAGGCUGGGGGGCAUAUUUCUUUCAGCAGCCCAUGGACCAGGUGAUCGUGGCAGGGCAGUCGGUGACGCUGGCCUGCGUGGUUGUGGGCUACCAGGGCAUGGUGCAGUGGACCAAGGAUGGCCUGGCACUGGGCGGAGAGCGAGACUUGCCUGGCUGGUCCCGGUACUCCAUUGUCGGGGAUCCGGCGGCUGGGCAGCACAACCUGAGGAUUGAGUCUGCUGAGCUUGGUGACGACGCCGUGUACGAGUGCCAGGCUACGCAGGCGGCGCUGCGCUCCCAGCGUGCCCAGCUCACGGUGCUCUUACCGCCCAAUGACCCCGUGAUCCAGAAUGGCCCCAUCGUCCGGGUCCAGGCCAGCGUGCCCUACAACCUGACUUGCCAGGUGUCUGGUGCCAAGCCUGCCCCUGAGAUCAGCUGGUACCGCAAUGGGCAGCUGCAAGACUCUGCCCUCUAUGCCAAGGCCCUGAUGGAGGAUGGGAAGCGGGCGACGGCUAUCAGCACCCUGCUCGUCACGCCCAGCACCCAGGACAUGGGCAGCGCCUACACCUGCCGCGUCACCAACCCGGCUGCACCUGCUGGCAGGCAGACCUCCAUCACCCUUGACGUGCUGUACCCCCCCACCGUGAUCCUCUCUGUCCAGCCACAGACCGUCGCAGAGGGCGGAAAGGUCAGCUUCCUCUGCACCGCCACUGCCAACCCCGAGGUGACCGGCUACCGGUGGGCGAAGGGCGGCGUGGUCAUCGCUGAGGCCAAUGGGGACAGCUACGAGGCCAGGGUGGAUCACUCCUUCUUCACCCAGCCUGUGUCCUGCGAGGUGGCCAACGUCGUGGGCAGCACCAAUGUCAGCACCCUGGUGGAUGUGCACUUCGGGCCCCGCCUGGUCUCCCAGCCCAAGCCCCUCACCGUGGAUGUCGGGGCCGAUGCCUCUUUCACCUGCGCUUGGGCUGGGAACCCGCCCCUCACCCUGGCCUGGACCAAGAAGGGAUCCGGCGUGGUGCUGAGUAAUGGCAACACCCUGCACCUAAAGACCGUGACGCAGGAGGAUGCUGGCACCUACGUGUGCAAGGCCAUCGUGCCACGCAUCGGUGUGGCUGACAAGGAGGUGACGCUGGCGGUCAAUGGGCCCCCUAUCAUCAGCGCUGAGUCCAGCCAGCAGACGGUGCUGGGGGACAAGGCACGGCUGGAGUGUCUAGUGCGGAGCACACCCCCUCCUGACCGCAUUGUGUGGGCUUGGGGCGAGCGGGUGCUGGACAGCGGCUCAGAGCAGCGCUUCACAGUGGACACGGCGCUGACGGAGCGGGGGGUGCUCUCGGCCCUGCUCAUCCAGCCCACGCACCUGGAGGACUUCGCCCAGCCCUACAACUGCACGGCCUGGAACCGUUUCGGGGCCCGCUCAGCAUCCGUCACACUGCGCCGGCAGGAGGUCCUCCCCAUCAUGAUAAUCGGGGCCUCGGCCGCGGCUGCCGUCACCAUGCUGCUGGUCUUGGUUAUUGGCGUGUCUGUCUGCUGCCUGCGCUGGUGCCACGGGAAAGCAGCCAAACAAGGCAGCACGCUCUCCAAGACGGAGGUCCUGGUGCAGAUCAGCGCAAGCGACAGCAGCCCCAGCCGGCCCAGCGAUACAGAGGAAGAUGUCAAGGAGCCCAUGACCACGAGCAGUGAGUCCCCAGCCACAUCGCACACGGAGCACAGCGAGAUCCUGGAGGAGGAAGAGGGCAGCCGGGAUAUUAAGGACCCCACCAACGGUUACUACAAGGUCCGUGCUCACGAGGAGCCCCACCUGUCUGGCAGUUUCUCAGAGUAUGCCCCGGCCCCGCGCCCCCUCUGUGCUGGGUCCCAUGCUGCCAUGUUCCCUCCCUCAGGGCAGCCCUACAGCCACCGCUAUACGCUGGGGGCACCCAGCUCCCGCACAGCCUACGAGCCCCACUACCCACAGGAUGCGGUGUACGGGGGGGGCUACCUCACGGCCCCCUACACCCGGGCCUUCACCAGCUACGUCAAGCCCAGCGCCUAUGAGAAGGCAGAGAACAGCUACGAACACUCGGACCAGGCCAGCAAGGUGUCGGGUGGCUCCCGCUACUCCUACACCUCCCUCUCACGGCAGUCAGACUACGGGCGGCCCGCCCAGCAGCGCAUGCAGACACAUGUGUGACUCUUCCUCCCCAACACACAUCAAGCCAUUGGGGGACAGACACCCAGGGUCGUCCCUGUUGUGGGAGGGGGUUGGUGUAGGUUCGGCUUAGCCAACUGUCUCAAAGUGGCCGACAGGCUAGCUGACUUGUGCUGCUGGAGGUGGAGAUGAGUGGCCAUCGGCUGGGGGAAGGUGUUCAGAAUGGCUGUCUCCCCGGUUGACUUUUUCCUCCUAGAGGUGGGGAUGAGUGGCUGUUGGCUGGGAUUAGGAAUCAAGGGAUGUGUUCAAAAUGGCUGACAAAGGGGGUUCAAAACGGCCCUGUUGACUUCCUCCGUUGGACCUGGGGAUGGAUUUGCACUGGACAGGGAAGAAGUCACAAGGUUAGAUACACUAAUGGCCAUCAAAAAUGGGUUCAAAAUGGCCGUUGAGUUGGGUUCAAGAUGGCUGACGGUUGAGCCUGGUGAUGAGUACAAUUGGCUGGGGAAGAAGUCCGGCUUAGCCCUGGGACGUUGAGGUGGGUUCAGAAUGGCUGAUGGUCCCAUUCACUUCCUGAAAUCGGCCGGUUGGCUUAUCCCAGGGCUGCCAAGGUGGGGUAAAAAAUGGCCACCAAGAGGGGCUCAAAAUGGCCAACAGCCCAAUCAGCUUCCUGCAGAGACGAAUGGAGGGAGGAGCGAGUGGAUGUUGGAUUUCCGAGUGGCUUCCCCCACUGCCGCUGGCACUGGAUCAGCCAGGCCUGGACGCAGGAGGACGACCGCAGGACCAAGAUGGCAGCUGAUGCUAGGGCCCGCCUGCUGGCGUUGCAGGCCCAGUAAAAAUGGCAGCUCUCAACUUUCCUGUGCAGCCUGACCAUGGGGCUCAUGGGGGGCAGUGGACGUAUGCGUGAAUCCCCCCAAUGGCAGCACCCUCCCACACACCACCAAUGGGGGGGGCUGGGUCUGCUGCCCUCUGCCCCACCCCCACCCCCUGCUGGGGUGGGACUGGUAGGGGUCCCACAGAUCCAUGGGGCUCGAAGCUAACAGCCCAUUGGGAUGCUAAGGGCAGUUUCCUCCUCUCAGAGCGUGCAACCUCAGGCAUGCCCCAGGGCAGCGGCCUGGUUAGCUUGGGCAAGGAGGGAGUAGGGCACAGGACUUCUCCCCUCCAAGGGGCACCAGCUCUAAUUCCCCACUGCAAGACCAUGGGGGCAAGAUGUUGAUGUUGUAGCCAGGCCCUGGCCACAGCCUCUGGCAGUAACCGGCUGGGCCAAAUCCAUUCAACUGGGGGCUGGGUCUUUCCUACCAUUAAAAACCCACCGGUUCCCGGCCAUCCCCAGGCACUGGGUUCCCCCACAGAGGGGAGGGGAGUUCUCAGGGUGAACCCCCUCACACACCUGUCAA